AUGUAUGUGGCGCUAUCUCUUAUACCAUCAUUCCAUUUGAUAGUUUGAAAAAAUUAAAUAUUAAUUAGAAAUUUGAUUAUCAACAAUUGCUAUGUACAUUAAAUUUGUCCGUGGUACAUAAUAUUUAUUUGAAAUAGUUCAAAAAGUAUUAUAUAUAUAUAUGCUAUUUAAAAAUAUACCUCUCGAUUAGACUGGCAUCUAUGAUAUUGUAAGAGUAAGGAUGAACAGCUAUUUCGAUCGCCAAGUAGAAUCUGUGUUCAAUGGACAAUAAUAGAAGCUUGAGUCUUUUUAACUAAAAUAAUAUAUAUUAUCGUGCAUGACUCAAUUGAAAUAGAAUUUUUAUUAUGGACAUUGUUUUUUAAUACUGCUAAUACAUUCAUUUAUCUGUAUAAACAUAAACGCGUUUUCCAAAUCUAAAUGGUUAAUGUUAUAUGCUGCAUUGUGUUUUCACCUGAAACAUAUAUGUGUGGCUAUCAACUUUGAUGUGCUACAGUGUAUUUGUUUUAUUACUUCUGUGAAAAAAGAUACAUUAACAAUAGUAGAAUCUAUUGGUAUAUAUACAGAGAGUAAACGAAUAUUCUAUGGUAUAAGUUCAUGUAAGUUUGUUCCCUGGGAUAUAAUAGUAGAUGUAAUCAUCAAUGAAGUUAUAACAGGACAAAGGGUAUUAUAUUACCUUACAAUAGUGAUAAAAGAAUCAGUAGGUGGAAAGGAUUCCAUAAAAUUAAUUCCGUUAUUUCAAGAAUUGAUACCUGAAAGAAAAUGCCUGGAAUAUAUGUACGAGAGACUAGCUGGAUUGAUUGGAUACAACAGAGGGAAAGUCCAAUUUUAACAGUGCCUGGUUCAUAUUGGUUGUGUCAUAAAAAUAGUAUAUAUAAAUUUAUAUUUAAAUAUCGACGUACAACAAGGAAGGAAGAACAUUUUACUUUUGGAAAAGAAUUAAUGAAAAUAAUUAGAAGGAUUAUAAAAUAUCUUCCACGUCAAGGGCAACAAUUUAGUACAAACCAUCUAUUAGUUACCUAUAAUCAUACUUCAUGGACCCGACAGGAUAAAAUAUUUGCAAUGACAAAGUUUAAGGAAAGAUCUGCCACACCAUUUUCUCAUGCAUUUGUUCUUACUAUAAAAUUGAUAUCGCCUUUGGAAAGUUCAGAACAAAACAUAAAAUGUGGUGAAACAUCUUGUUCUGAUAAGUCUUUACUUUGGAAUGUUAAAGACUCUGUGAAUCUUCAAGAACAUGGUGAACAGUGUGAUAACAAACAAGAAAAAGUAACAGAAUUGAAAAAUACGGAUGUUCAAUUAGAUGAUAAUUUAGCAGAUAAUAAUUUGACAAAAACCUCCAUGAAUAAAGAGUUGACUGAACGGAUAACAUGUGACAAAGAUAUUAAUAAGAUCCAAUCAUCCCUAAGUUCUAAUGAAUUAUCCGAAAAUGUAAAAGCUAAUAAUAUACAAAAUUCGAGUAAGCAUUUACAAGAUUCCAAUAAAAAAUUGAUGGAAGAAAAUAAUUGUACUAUAAGUGACAAAUAUUCAUCAGUAUUUAUAACUGAAGCAAAUAGAACGACAUCCAGUGAAUUAGAAAAUUUAAAUUGCUCAAAGGAAGAUACUAUUAAAAAUAAAGAUUAUAAUAAUGAACUGUGUGUAGUAGAUGGAGAUAUUACAAAAGACAGUAUAUCUGAAUUUACUAAUGGUGUAACUGAAUCUUCUAAUACAGAUUCUACUAAUUUACCAUAUCAAUACCUGAUUGAAAGAGAAAUUGAAGAUGCAAAACUAAACAUAUUUGAUUCUGAAGUUUCAUCACACAAUUCCAAGAAACGUAAAAGAGAAGUAAUUGAAGAAUAUUCCGCGCCUUCUAUAGAUUUGGAUACAAGUGUUUCAGAAACCGAGGAUUCAGAUCCUAUUGCGAAAAGAAAACGUAGAUCGUGCAAUAUGACGCCGAGGUCUUCUGAUAUUACAGAUUUGGUAAUGGAAGGAUUAAUGUUUACUAUUCGGCAAGGACAAGAUGCUGUUGCAGUCAUAGAACAGAAAACGAAAUUGGAGGUAGAUGAAGUAUUAGAAAAUUCUGAAAAAAUUGAAACCAAAAAAGGAGAAAAAUGUUUACGAAAUUCCAGUUUGCUUGGAUUAGAGAAUUUAAUAACAAUGAUCGAAUUACCUAAAAAGACUGAGGUUGAACAAAAAUGUAAAAAUGUAAUUAUACAAAAAAAUAUUUCAAAAUGUCAGUCAACAAGAUUUACUAAUACAUCUUUAGAUAAAGAUUCUAAUAUUAAAAACAAGAAUCAGCACACUGAAAAAGAUAUAAAAUCAAUACAGAAUAAAGAUUUAGAACAUGAAGAAGAAGAAGAGGAAGAUAUUGUACCAGAAGCAUUGCAAAAUAAUCUUUUCCAACCUGAGGGAAUAAGUAACUCUAAAGAGACCAUAAUAAAUAAAAAUUUAUUAAUGGAUGAUGUGAAUACUGAAUCAACAAUCAAAUUUGGAGUAACAACUGAAUAUAAUCCUUUUUCAAAAAACAAACAUGAGAAAUGUAAAUCAAAUGUCCCAAUAAUAAUUUCAAAUGAAAUUAUUGCUACAGACCAAAUACCUCUUCCAUUACAAAAAAUACUCAGAAAUAAAUUAUUAUCAAAGCAUACUCCUUUAAGCAAUACAAAUAAAACAGAGGAAAACCAAAAUUUGGAUUAUAAUAUAUCAGAAAAUAUACAAAUUUCGGGGUGUUCUGAAACUUCUGUAACAAACAAUAGUAAAACUUCCAAUGAAAAUGCAUUACCUGUAACAUUAGAAAGAGAGCAAAAAGGGUUGAGUAUCAUUGAAAAGAUAUUGAAAGUGGAAGAAGACAAAUUAAAAAAGCACUCUGAUAGUACCAAUACAACAGAACAGUCAUCGUCAUGUGAAAUACAGGAUGUUACACAACAAUUUUAUCAAGAUCUUUUAUAUUUACAAAGGAAAAAGAAUGAACAGCGUUUGAACUUAAGAUCUAGAAUAAAAUCUGAAAAUAUGAAUCGAAAACCAAAUACUCCUGAGACGCAUAUAGAAAUGAUCAAAUUAUUUCAUGAUAUUACUAAAGGUGCCAAAGUUGUAGUAAGACGUAUGAGUACAAAAAGAAUUCAUAGCAUAAUAGCAAAAAGUUCUUCAUUACCAACAACCAUGCAAUGAAAUGAAAUUUGUUAGAAGAAUAUUAAAAUAAUUUAUAUAAGUGUCACAUAAGAUAUUUUAGGUAUAAUUUGUAGCUUAAAGAUAAAAUAUAAACAUAUGUUUAAAAUAUUUUAUACGUAUUACCCAUUCAUUGAAUGAGAAUGAUAAAUAAAAAGGUAAUAUUAUUUUGAACGCAAUAUUUUUUAUAAGUCUUAUAAGUAUUAGUAUAAGUUUUAUAACUUAAUCAAUUUUUUAAUAAUUUAUUAAUCUCACAUGUUUUCUCUCUGUUAAUUUGUUCUUUGACAGCCUUCAAAUUAUCUAAUUUAUUUAUAAUAUUUUGCAGUUUAUAAUCAAAAUAUUCGAAACAAACUUCUUUUUUAUUAAAGUUACCAUUAACAUGUACACUUUGCUCCAAGGUGUCAUCAAUUACAUUUGAUUUUUGAAUCACACUUGUCAUCUGUAAGAAUUGAGUUUAGUUUAGUUUAGAACAAAUAUUCAAAUUUUAUGUAAAUAAUAUAUAAGAUACUUCAUAAGAGAACUAAUUAAUACUUUUAUUAUAUAAGAUAAUAUGAAGAUCAUAACAGCUGAUACAUAUUCACAGUGUAUUAGAUUCCUUCAUGCAAAUACUUUUAAGGUUUUAAAUUUGUUAAAAAUAAUUAUUUACUUGUAUCUCAUUUUUAAGUUGUAUACAUUUUCGAAAUUCUUUAGCACACUUAAGCGGGUAACGUUCUCGAGCAUCACAUAAUUCAAAUAAAGCGUCUUCACAUUGUUGUUCAAGAUCAUCUAAAGUGAGAAAAUUUAAAUAAAUUUAUGACUGUCUUUCAUUUAUUUCACUUUUUUUACAUACCCAUUUUUGACCAUAUAUAAUUUCUAUUUUAAUACGAUGUAACUUCUGGUAACUUAAAACAGAAACUGUAUUUAUGUAUGUUAUUUACUUUCACUGUCAUGUUGUGAGCGAUUGUGGAGACACCUUCCGAACUAAUUUCCAUACAUUAAGAAAAAACUGCUUACUUCAAAUACUUCAAUUUACCGAUU